CCUCCAAACAUGGCGCCGGCCCGCAGCGCUGCUGCUUUCCCGAAAGGCGACGCGCAGAGAGGGAGAGACGGAGGAGAAGAAGAAGGAGAAAAAGUCAACAACUAACCCUAAACGCGUUUUUUUAAAUAAAAAAACUAAUUUUUAAAACGAACAAAACUUCACACUCUUUAAGCUUUCCGACGGAGACGUCACGUGCAGCUUUUUGGAAACGUUUGCGCGCCAGGCUGUCCGCGUAACGGAGAGCCCACCUGUCCGACGAAGGUAGACUUCACUCCCGUUUCUUCGAGGAUGUGAACGUGCCUGAUUAACCGUGGAACAUCGGAGCAGAGCGAGCAGACAGACGGGCAGCUCUGGGAAAAACAUGUGCAGAAACACAGAGGCUGCAGAGGACUGACUCUUUCCACGGAGGGAGGGAGAAAACAACAACUUUUUCCGCUCUUCCACACCGAGAGGAUGGAUGGAGAACAUUUUUCGCUGUCAGGAGUUGAGAGGGAAAGAGAGAGGCUUCCACCAAUUUACAACAGCUCCGCUCCUGCUGGUUUCGGGCGAGGAGCGAAGCAGCCUUUUCUGUCUCUGGGCACCUUCAGCUCCACGCUGAGCCAGAGGAGGGACGCGGGGGGGCGGGGCUUAGCGGCCGGCAUGACGGGCGGCCUGAGCAGCGCCCACUGGCUCCGACACGGGAGAGAGCUGCCUCCCAUCUGCAGCGAUGUCCGUCAGAAGCAGCGGCUCUCCAUCGACACUCUUCCCCCAGAAGCCAAAGCUCCCUUCCCCUCCGACCCCGUCAUCCCUCUGCGCACCAAGACCACCAAGGAGUUUCAGGAGGACACGGAGCGUGCCGUCCAAUCAGGUGACUGGAAGGAGGUGCGAGAGUUUUACCUGACCACCUUUGACUCGUUCAUAGAAAUCAACGCUGCCUUCAAGCGAGAGGCCAACGGCUCAUUCCACACCAUCGACGACUCGGGAGUCAACGCCAAGUUUGUCAACGCCGUUUACGACGCUCUGCUCAGCACACCUCAGGACAUCCAGAAGUCCGUGUUGAAAGGGAUCAUCAACAGCUUGCUGAGGGAGUGGAAAGGCCCUCGAACAAAAGACGACCUGCGAGCUUAUUUCAUUCUGGUUCAGAACCCCCAAUAUUCCAGCACCAGCACCUAUGUGAUCUACGCCCACCUGCUGAGGCAGAUUGCAGCUCUGUGUGAGGCGGACCACCACUUCCUGGUUCAUUGGCUAAAAAAUUUCCUGUCCUCAGAUGCAGCCAACAGUGUUUCCUCCACUCCCAUCAUGCCUUUCACCGACUUCUACAACAUCACUCUGGAGCACAUAGACUUCAUGGAGGAGUACCGGACCUGGCAGAACUACGGCAACUCCACUAGGUUUUCCUUCUGUCAGUUCCCCUUCAUCCUUUCUACGGUGGUGAAGAAAGCCAUCAUCCAGAAAGACUCCGAGCAACAGAUGAUCAGUCAGGCCCGGCAAAGCCUGGUCAGUAAGGUUUCUCGCAGGCAGAGAGUGGAUAUGAACCUUCUGUUCCUCAACAUUAAAGUACGACGAGCACAACUCCUCAGCGACUCACUGGAUGAGUUGACAAGGAAGCGGUGCGACCUGAAGAAGAAGCUGCGGGUGACGUUUGUCGGUGAGGCGGGGCUGGACAUGGGCGGCCUGACCAAGGAGUGGUUCCUGCUGCUGGUCCGACAGAUCUUCCACACAGACUACGGCAUGUUCACCUACAUGAAGGACUCACGCUGCCAUUGGUUCAGCAGUUGGAAGUGCGACAACUAUUCAGAGUUCCAGUUGGUCGGGACUCUGAUGGGCUUAGCCGUGUACAACAGCAUCGCUCUGGACAUCCACUUCCCCCUCUACUGUUACAGGAAGCUCCUCACUCCACCUACUGCACCAUGCGACCAAAAUGCCCUUGUCGGCAUGACAACCGCCACCCUGGACGACCUGCAGCAGAUCAUGCCGGAGCUGGCUCACGGUUUGGGAGAGCUGCUGAGCUACGAGGGAAACGUGGAGGAAGACUUCUACCUCACCUUCCAGGUCUUUCAAGAGGAAAUGGGCGUGGUCAAAUCCCACAACCUGAAGCCUGGAGGAGACAAAAUCCCGGUGACCAAGCAGAACAGAAAGGAGUACGUCCAGCUGUACGUUGACUUCCUGCUGAACAAAUCCAUUUAUAAACAGUUUGCUGCCUUCUACCACGGCUUCCACAGUGUGUGUGCCUCUGAUGCACUCAUGCUGUUGCGGCCAGAGGAAGUGGAAAUGUUGGUGUGUGGGAGUCCAGAGCUGGACAUGAACGCUCUGCAGAAAGCUGCUCAGUAUGAAGGAUACAGCAAGACCGAGACCACCGUCCGGCUGCCGAUCUCUCACACCUGUUUUAAUCAGAUCUGUCUCCCUAUGUAUCGCACCAGGAAGGAGCUCAAACACAAACUCACCAUCGCCAUCUCCAACGCUGAGGGCUUUGGCCUGGAGUGACCAGCCUCCAUAAACAAACACACACACACACACACACACACUCUCUCUCUCUCUCUCUGUCAUGACUGCCACAGCGCACAUUUUGUGGUUGUGGAUCAAACUUUAGAGGAAACAAGUUUUUCAAUAAGUGCUUUCUAAUUUCAAACAAUAUAAUCAUGGACUCUAAUGCAGUUUUAUUGUUAUUUUGGGGUUGGACUCGUCAAUUUGUCAAUGUAGAACGUUUUUAAUUUGCAGUGGAUAAGAUGAGAGGUUCCCCCACGCAGCAGCUACAGAGGAGUAUUUUUAUUUGCACAUUGUCUAUGUUUGCUCUAUUACAAGACAACCCUGGUGAAGACCAUUAUAUUUUGGAUGACACUUAAAAGAAGUUAACUUAUAGUGUUAUCCUUCGAGAAACUCAAUGAAUUUCAUAAUGAAGUUUUUAAAUAUUUCUGGCCCCAUGCCAUUGAAACCAUACCAACCAAUAUUCUCAGAAAUCUUGUAUCACCAAAAGCGUGAACUUAUAAUAGGUUGCUGCUUUGCUCAGGUAAUUAUUAUUGUCAAUAUGACUAUUUAUUAACCAGAUUUCCAGGUCAUUGCCAUGGAUGUACUAAAGACUUAAAUACAGCAUUCAUGGCGGGGCCCUGUUCAUUACUAGAGAAAAAAAGUUUGUGACCUUUCGGGUUAACCUCCAUGAUAUGUGGCCCGCUGAAUAUGUGCUGUAGAAAGAGACUUUACAAGGCUUUUGUAUUGCUUUUGUCGGCUUGAGGGAAGUUUUCAAUUAUAAAAGUUUGUGGAUUCAAAAUUCACAGUAGAAAAGAGUCCUAACCGACAUUGUUUGAAGUUCAGGGUUCCUGGCAGCAGUUUUACAGACGUCUCUUUUAUAAAAGCGGCCUUUUUGGGCCACAGAGUGGCCCAUUAAUGAUAAUAGCUUUUGGACGCAUUGAUCGAUGAGCUUUAACGGUGGAGAAUUAACUGAGAGCAUGUCUGCAUUAAGCCGGUUAAAUUGAGAACAGAAAGUUGAACAGAAAAAUUGGGCCUCAGUUAAAAUUUUAAACCCUCAAAUGACAUGGAUUAAAUUAUCACAUCCUUGUGUGUGAGGUACAGAAAAAAAAGAGAGGGAAGAAUUAUAAACAAACAAUAAGGAUAAAAGGCAACGGUUUCAACAAAAAUUUGCAGAUAUAGUUCUGGAGGUCACUAAAGAAUUGAGAUGUAUGAUUUUAAUAUUGUGUUCAUUUUGACUUUACGGUGACGUUUGAAAUAUAUUUUCAUAGAGGCAUAGGCAUGUUUUGUAUCAUUUAGCUUUGUUUGCAGCACACUGUCAGAAGGAUGCUAUCAUGUGUCAUGGGAUUUAGAUUGUCUUGUGAAGUUUUAUUUUUGUUGUUUUGACAUUGCUGCCGGUUUUAUUGAA